AUGGCCCAGAGCCCCCCACACCAUCCUGACCCGCACCCCAUGGACAUGGUCCCGAGCCCCCCACGCCACCCUGAGCCCACGGACACGGCCCAGAGUCCCCCACGCCACCCUCACCCGCACCCCACGGACACGGCCCAGAGUCCCCCACGCCACCCUCACCCGCACCCCACGGACACGGCCCAGAGUCCCCCACGCCACCCUCACCCGCACCCCACGGACACGGCCCAGAGUCCCCCACGCCACCCUCACCCGCACCCCACGGACACGGCCCAGAGUCCCCCACGCCACCCUCACCCGCACCCCACGGACACGGCCCAGAGUCCCCCACGCCACCCUCACCCGCACCCCACGGACACGGCCCAGAGUCCCCCACGCCACCCUCACCCGCACCCCACGGACACGGCCCAGAGUCCCCCACGCCACCCUCACCCGCACCCCACGGACACGGCCCAGAGUCCCCCACGCCACCCUCACCCGCACCCCACGGACACGGCCCAGAGUCCCCCACGCCACCCUCACCCGCACCCCACGGACACGGCCCAGAGUCCCCCACGCCACCCUCACCCGCACCCCACGGACACGGCCCAGAGUCCCCCACGCCACCCUCACCCGCACCCCACGGACACGGCCCAGAGUCCCCCACGCCACCCUCACCCGCACCCCACGGACACGGCCCAGAGUCCCCCACGCCACCCUCACCCGCACCCCACGGACACGGCCCAGAGUCCCCCACGCCACCCUCACCCGCACCCCACGGACACGGCCCAGAGUCCCCCACGCCACCCUCACCCGCACCCCACGGACACGGCCCAGAGUCCCCCACGCCACCCUCACCCGCACCCCACGGACACGGCCCAGAGUCCCCCACGCCACCCUCACCCGCACCCCACGGACACGGCCCAGAGUCCCCCACGCCACCCUCACCCGCACCCCACGGACACGGCCCAGAGUCCCCCACGCCACCCUCACCCGCACCCCACGGACACGGCCCAGAGUCCCCCACGCCACCCUCACCCGCACCCCACGGACACGGCCCAGAGUCCCCCACGCCACCCUCACCCGCACCCCACGGACACGGCCCAGAGUCCCCCACGCCACCCUCACCCGCACCCCACGGACACGGCCCAGAGUCCCCCACGCCACCCUCACCCGCACCCCACGGACACGGCCCAGAGUCCCCCACGCCACCCUCACCCGCACCCCACGGACACGGCCCAGAGUCCCCCACGCCGGGGCCUCCGGGCUGGCGCGAAAGGACUUUCCGCGCGUGGGAUGACGGGCAGCAGCGACUAA